GACUGAUGUGUCAGCGAUUCUCGUUCUAGGGCACCGCUAAUCCCCUUUAGGUUUAGUCAACCGCACCCACAAGCGGAGAAAAUUGCGGCAACAUUUUCUUCUCCCCCAAGACAUUCUGCGCAGAGCCACACCUUAAGAAACUUCUUUAGGAAGACUGUCGCCAUCAUGUCCAAGAUCACAGUCGCCGGAGUGCGCCAGAAUGUCCAGCAGGUGCUGGAGUACUCUCUCAACGAGAAGAAGCGUAACUUCCUCGAGACCGUUGAGCUUCAGAUCGGUCUGAAGAACUAUGACCCCCAGCGUGACAAGCGUUUCUCUGGCACUAUCAAGCUGCCUUCCAUCCCUCGCCCCAACAUGAGCAUCUGUAUCCUUGGUGACCAGCACGAUCUUGACCGUGCCAAGCACCACGGCAUCGAUGCCAUGUCCGUCGACGACCUGAAGAAGCUGAACAAGAACAAGAAGCUCAUCAAGAAGCUUGCUCGCAAGUACGAUGCCUUCCUUGCUUCCGAGGCUCUGAUCAAGCAGAUUCCCCGUCUGCUCGGUCCCGGUCUGUCCAAGGCCGGUAAGUUCCCCACCCCCGUCGGCCACGGCGAGGACAUGCAGAACAAGGUCAACGACGUCAAGUCCACCAUCAAGUUCCAGCUCAAGAAGGUUCUCUGCCUUGGUGUCGCCGUCGGCAACGUUGGCAUGACCGAGGAGGAGCUUGUUGCCAACCUCAUGCUUUCCAUCAACUACCUCGUCUCCCUGCUCAAGAAGGGCUGGCAGAACGUUGGCAGCCUUGUCAUCAAGGCUUCCAUGUCUCCCCCCCACCGUGUCUACUAGAUGCUCCGUCGCUUCAUUGCGCUGGGGUUUUCUAGGGGAACGAGAAGUGAGGGUGUCAUAGUUUAGUGACCACAAAAAAUAUGAAUCUCACAACUUGGUCUCAAA